AUGAAUAUAGGUAGAAUGUCAGUACCAUUUAUACAGGCUUCACAGCAAAUUCAACCAAAUUAUAAUUACUUUAGUAGAACAGAUAUACCAUGUUAUUCUACACGUCUUAAUAAAAAAUUAGUUGAAGAUUCAACAACACAGAGAUUGAUUGCCUAUUUGAAUUCUGGUUUGGAAUCGUCGAUUCAUUUCGCAUUGAAUGCACUACUCUCACGUUCCUACCAAGAAAAGUUAACUUUUACACCACCUUUGAAAGUAGUUGAUAUCGCUGCUGGUCAUCCAUCAUCUACAUUAUUGGAUGCAAUCAUUGAAUCCGUUGUUAAAUUCGAAAAGAAAGAAGAUACAACAAACAAUAAUGAUAAUGAUGUUACAAUGGAACCAACAACAACAACAACAGAAUAUAUAAUGAAGAUCUCUGACAAUGAAGAGAUCAUCGGUAAGGUUGUGGCGAUUCUUAGAAACUCGAUUUUGGUUCAACCGAACGACCAGAUUAUCGCACAACACGCCACUGCCAUUACAUUCCUAGUGGAGAUACUCUACAAUCAUUUCAAGUUUAGAAGUAGUUUGUUGGAGAACAGCGAUGAUGACAAGCAAAAAGAGAAGCAGAAACAGAAGGAAGGUGUAGUUAGUAAUACAACUAGAUACAUUCUUGAGAUCAUUUCAAAGAUUGCCAAGAAACUACCGUUGCGUACUGAGGAGUCGGUGCGUAGCAGCAGCGGUGCAACCAUUACCGAUAACGACUUGAAUCAUCUAACAUUCAACGGUGCUCAGCUGUCGAUGUUAAAGACUACACCUCCAGGUCUAUCGAAAAAGAUUCUCGAGACUCUAGAGAUGGCUUUGUUUGUCUAUGACAACGACGAGGCGUUGCUAGCUGCCAUGGAGACAUUGGAUAUCAUCACCAGAUCCAAAGCCACAAGAGAACAAGUCGAUUUGAUACUAUUGAAACCGAUUUACGAGCCUUUGUUUGAGACUGUUACAACUACAACUACAGCAUCAUCAUCAUCACCAUCAUCAUCUUUAGAACAACAACCAACAACAACAACAACUAUCGCUACAACAUCAUCACCAUCUACAUCUUCUAUCUCAACAUCUUCUUCCACACAUACAGAUUCACAAAGUAUUAACACCAGUCAGACAUCAGGUGAAAUGAUGUCUUUAGAUAGCAACAACAAUAGUAAUAACACACCAAUUGUAACAACAACAACAACAACAUUACAACUUAAACAACAAGUAACAUUUGAAAAGAGAACAAUGGUUGAAAGAUUAAUUGAACUACUUGGUCACUAUGCAAAUGAUAUACAACUACUUUCAUUGAAUAUUCUAUGCAAUCUAAUCAAAAUAUCACAAAAAUCAAGAAUUAUGAUUUGUCAUUGUCCAGGAUUACUUAGACAUUUAUGUAAUUUACUUGCCUAUAAAACAGGAGAUCAUAAUAUGGAGAUGGGUAAGAAAGCUGCUGCAUUCCUCUCACAAGUCUCAAAAGAACCACUUAAUCUUCCCGCUUUAAUGCCAUUCGAACCUACAUUGGCUCAAAUUGGAUUGACUGAUAAUCCUCAUACCGAUGUAAUCAUUUCGAUAUUAAUUAAAUAUAUCAAAUAA